AUGGAAAAUGAAUAUAAAAAUAAAAAUAAAGAAAACAAAAAGGGAUUGAGAUGGGGAGAAGAGUAUGAAGAUACAGAGGAAGUGAAUUCAGAUAAAGAAUCAGAAACUCAAUUAGAGCUGAAUGUGAAAAUAAACAAAAUUAAAAAUUAUGUUACAACUAUGGAAAACGAAAGUUCGUCGAUAAAUGAAGCAGAUUCCGUGAGGGACGAUUCAAACAAAGUAUCAACCGUAGAAUCGUAUUUAUCAGAUACCUCAGCCUCAAAUUAUAUAAAUCCCAAAUCAACAAGUGAAGGAUCAGAGGAUAAAGUGAACCUUCUACAAGGAUAUUUAGAUUCUAACGUAUCGGAAAUAAAAAAGGAAUUUGCGGAAUUGAGCCCACAAACAUUGAAAUAUAGUUCAAUAGAAAGUAAAUUAGAGAAGUACAAUCAGCAAAAAAGAGAGGAUAGAUAUAGUACAUAUAGAAUGAGUUCAAGAACCGUGAUAAGCGACGAGGAAUCUAAAGAUAGCCUGGAUAGGCUAUGGAACAUGAAAACGUUUAUGCACGACAUGAAAACGGAGUACAGCCGCCAGAGAGAAGAAGGAGGAGUGGAUUACGGCGACGAGUUCAAGAGCGCAUACGUAAAUAACAUGGACACCAAUAGGCUGGACCAGUCAGUGCUUGAGUCGAAGAGCAUGGAGCAAACAGAUCUCGCAGUCGAAUACUACAAGUUCGAGUUGGAGAAGAUGGAUAAAAUAGUGAAGGUGUUGAAGAGCCAGCUGACGGAGAGAGACCAGAAGAUAUCUCUGUUAUCUGAGAAGGUCCUGGAGUACGACCAGUGGAGGUCGGAGUUGGACCCGAACAGACAAGCAUCAGUAGUGCAGUACAAGGCGGAGAACGAGGCGUUCGUGGCAGUAAACUUUGCAAAGUUGCAAGCUCAAGUCGACGAAAACGAACGACUAACACAAAGACUGAUGAAGAUGGAGGAAACACACAGAGACAAGGAUGAUGAGAUAAGGGGAUUGCGGGAGAAAAUCCUGGAAAACGAAGUCUCGUCAGCAAGGUUCGACAGAGAGCUGAAAUCGCUAGAAAUUGAUAAGCAAAUGCUUAAAAACUCAAUUGACUCAAUGGAGAAGACGUUUCGACAGCGUGAGCUCCAGAUGAAGCUGAACCUUGACAUGGAGUAUCAGAACCAGCUGUCGAACAUUCUGAAGGAGCAGGAGCAGCUGAUGAGUCUGGUGGCCGACAAGGACAGCGAGAUAGAGAAAUGCAAGGAGCUGCUGAGGACGGCGAGGCACGAGUGCUCACAACUACUCAACUCGAUUGUGAGACUGAAGGAAGUGCUUAUAAAAAAAAAUCAAGAAAUCGACCACUACAAAAACAAAGUAUUAGAAUUAGAGUCGAGUCUUAUCGCAAACGACAAAACCUCAGAGUUGAAGAUAUCAAGAGAUACGCAGUCAAAGUUAAGAGAUAAAAUUAGGAAACUGGAACAGAAGUUAGAAAUGUACGAAGAGUCGACUAAAGUAACCAGUCAAAUGAAGGAGGAAAACCUAUACCUGAGGGCGAAAUUGGACAAACUACAAAACGUCGAUAUGAGGGACAGAAUUUCCCAAAGCGUCAUUGAGUUGGGAAACCAAAUGAUGCCACUGUCACUAGCGAACCUGAGGGACUCAUAA